UGUAAUUGGAUUCGCCAUACACUAUUGUCCUUAGCAUGCGCUCCACCAAUAUCUACGGCUUCCUGGCCUUCGUCGGGGCAGCCGCUGCAUCAGCCACACAAACUGGAAUCUGCUUAUUGAGCCCAUUGAAAAAUUUGGAAUACCAGACAUGUGCUAGUUCAAAUUCGGCGCAAAAGUGGGCUGGCCAUUCUACGACAUCGCAACCUUCCUGGGAAGGCCCGGAGAAUUGUGUGAAUGGGACAUGCAUCUUCUCAAAUAGGGGACUAGGGGAGGGUAGUGUACUCCUCACGACGGAAAGGAACGCGCGCAUUGCAGGCAACUUCCCAACGGUGGCCGGUCCUACGGUAGCUGUUCAACCUUUCCAUGUGGUAGAUGUUCCGGGUAAAGGGAUUGGCGUUAUUGCUGAUAGGAAAAUACGUAAAGGAGAGGUCAUUCUAGUGCAGCCUCCGACACUAAUGGUUCAGACUACUCCUCACGUGGAAAUGGAACGAGGGACACUAGACGCACUUUACAGCCUAGCUAUGAAGAAGCUCCCCAGAAAAGGACAUGAGCUAUUCAUGGGACAGAUGGGUAGAGAUAUCUACGAUAAGAUAGAGAUAAACUGCUUUCAGUUGUACAUCGAUGGGGAAAAUGAGUCCGGCAGUCACUUAGGAUGCUACCCAGAGGUAUCCCGGAUCAAUCACGACUGCAGACCAAAUAUCCACUACCGCAUAACUAACAUGACUCAUACGACAGUUGCCGCCCGUGACAUCUUGCCAGGCGAGGAGCUAACGAUUAGUUACAUCGACCUAAUGCUCUCGCGUGAAGAACGUCGCUCCCGUUUGUGGAGAUGGGGAUUUGAGUGCUCCUGUUCGCACUGCAGUAUGAGCGAUCAUGAGGCCGCGGCGUCAGAUGCAAGACUCCUGAGAAUUGAGGAGUUGGAGAUGGCUCUUGAGAAUUUCAACGAAACAGUUGUGACCGCCGAGACAGGUGCAGAAUUGGUAGAGCUCUACGAGAAAGAGAGAUUGGACAUCUAUCUUGGACAAGUGUACACGCGAGCGGCGUUAAACUUUGCUCUGUUCGGGGAGGAGGAGAAGGCGCGGAAAUAUGCGCUCGCUGCGGUGGAAGCGGUCGAACGAGAGUCGGGCCAGAAUGCCAGCGACGCAAAGGCUAUGAGAACCCUAGCGGAAAAUCCGAGGGCACAUUGGACUUGGGGAAGACGGAGGAAAGGGAAAAAUACCAAGGGAAAGUGA